CUACAUCAUAUAUCAUCUGCUAAACAGCACGCACUCACCAAAACAUUUACAUUUUUUUACGAGUUUUUUUUUUUCAGGUAACACAUGUAAUAAAUAUGUGAUCCCGGCUUAUAGGACGUCUCGAUCUCUCAGAAAAGCGAUCAGAUGAUGAAAAGCCUCGUGGACAGGCUGUGUCGGUGUUGCAGUGAUACUACCCGGUGGCCGUAACGGGCGUGCAAGCUAGUGACGUAUUCACUGAAAAAAGCAGUUGUACCACGAGGUAGUCCUAUAGUACAGUCGGCUGCUAGUUUACACAUUAAAGCCCAUUAAAGGUCAUCGUAGCUGUGUAGAAAGAUGUGCUUUAAGUCUCUAAUCUUAGCCGCAGUGUGUCUUCUAAACAGUUGUGUUGCUAUUUGCAGACCUUCCCUCACUGUUGUAGUUAGGGUGGGCAACACUUAGUCAAACACCUGUCAGUACAACAUCAGAAACUGCAGCUUCCGAAAAGCUGAACCAAACAGUAAAGCAUGUUUAUCACAUGGAUUUGACUGAAAGAUUUUGUGCAUCUUUACAACAGUAUCAGCAAUGAAUAAAUGUAUCUUAUACACACUGCUGUUAGGGAACUUCCUCAAAAGAAACUAUUAGUGUCUAUUUAUAACCUAAGAAAAGAGCUCAGUCAUGAUCAUGCUAAAAUAACCGAUCUUUUGUGUAUUACUGAUAACUCCUGUGUCUCAUCUUUGUUUCACUGUAGCUGAACUGAUUGAAAACAUGGAUAAGAAAGCAACCUGGGACCGCUUCUACACCGAGACCAGCAGGGGGAAAGCCCCCUUCAAAAACUUUGAGUGGUUUUUUGGUUUCGAUUCUGUCCGAGACUUCAUCAUGCCCCUCUUGCAAACUAUGUCUCGCCCAGACGCUGCGCUCCACGUGGUGGAUAUGGGCUGUGGGACAUCAGCACUGGGACCCUCUAUCUACAGGCACUCUCCUGUCUCCGUUCAUGUCACUUGUGCUGACAUUUCCCCCAUAGCUGUGAAACUAAUGCAGGAACACAUUCAAGCCAAAGCCAUUCAACCUCACAGCUGUUCUUCUCAAAUUGAGUUCGUAGAGCUGGACUGCACACAGCUUGAUAAACACUUCAGUCCUAGUACUGUGGACCUUAUAAUUGACAAGGGGACCACUGAUGCCUUGUUAAGGUCCAGGGAGGGGAAGCAGAAUGCCAGCCUGGUCUUGAAGCAGUGUUUAAGGGUGUUGCGGAGUUCAGGGUCCUUGCUCCAGUUUUCUGAUGAGGACCCUGACUCCAGGCUUAUUUGGCUGGAGACGGCUGCACAGGAUCCGGGAGUGAUGACAGCAGAUGUUGGGGUGCAGGAGGUUGGGGAGCUAAGGGGGAUCCAUUACUACUGCUACCAGGUGACCCCUCACCCUGUUCUAUAGCUGUAACUUUUUACUCCAGUAAAUAAAUAAAAUAAUACAACACAACUGUCAUUAUUAUAAUUCUUUCUUCUCAUAAGACAUAAGUAGAAAUAUUCCAUGGUGUAGAAUAACUUUAACUCAUAUAGCACAUAUAUUGUAUUAUAGUCUGUAUAUGUAUAGAAUCAUCUCUGAACUGUAAAUCUGUGUCUCAUGUUUGAGUUGCAUAGAUUUGGAAGUCUCUCUCUUUCAUUACUUGUCACACACUGCCAUCUAGUGGCCAGCAGGCACCCAGCAUCCAGGAUUUCAAAUCCCAUCCAGCAGAACACAACACUGUAAUACAAUGUGCAAAUAUACUUUGCACACACAUGCCUCUUUUAGAGAAAUAUUUAAAGACAUGCAGCUCAGUAGAGUAGAAACAUUUCCAGGCCUGGAGACAGCAGUUUUAGGUACACGUUAGUAAUGUUUUGGGCGAUCAUAUUAUGGAAGUACUUCUAUAUAUAUAUGACUUAUAUAUAGAGAGAUAAGUAGGCAAAGCUGUUGUGGUGUUGUGGCAGUGUGUUUUCCAGGUCGCGACCACAACACUCAUUUCUUCUUUGUAAACAUAAGAGUAGCUCUAGGUACAAAGUACCAAAGUUAGAGUGUGCUACAAUAGGGAAGAAAGAAAAGGGAAGAAAAAACAUCAGCUAGACAAAUUAAUGGUAUGCAAUUAUAUUAUUAUUUUUGGCAGUGUUGGAUCUCCUGCGUUCAGAUAGUAUUUCUGAUUUAUUAAUUCAUGUUACUCAGAUUUAUUUAUGAAAAAUAUCAAAAUACCUGGCAGCUUUACAUAAUACAUCACAAAUGUCAUCCAGUCAUCUAUUUUCUUCCACUUUUCCAAUUCUACCUUUUUGGGAGGGUGGGGGGGUGGAAAAGGCAUCUCUCUAGCACAAAGACAGCCGCUCACACCUAUGGGCAAUUUAAAAGACAAACAAAAAACAAAGAGAAAAAACAAUCUAACCCCACUGACCUACAUGUCUCUGUGGGAAGAAGCCUGAGUACUCACACACAGAGAGAAACGCCACACAGAAAUGAUGAUGAGGGAUGCUUGUUGGGAAGUAACAGUGUGCCUAAAUUGCAAAUGCAUUAUGCAUUUCAACCUGUCAGGCAGUAGUCCCAUGCAUUUUCAAAUCCUCCACCAUCAUACCAGUCUCCAAAAGACCGGAGAUGUCCACCCUAAAUGACUUCAGGCCAGUGGCACUCACACCAAUUGCCAUGAAAUGCCUUGAAAAACUGGUUCUCACACACAUCAACCACAUGGCCCCAGACACUGCCGAUCGCCUCCAGUUUGCCUACCCCCCAGUCGAUCAGUGGAUGACGCGGUAGCAAUACCCUUACACCAUGCUCUGCAACAUCUGGAAAGUAGCAGAAUGUAUGCCAGGAUGCUUUUCCUGGUCUACGGUUCUGCUUUCAACACCAGCUGAUCAAGAA